UGGUGGUGGUGUCUCUUUUCUUCUUGGUUUGUGGCAUAGUAGUAUUUUCUGCUACUACACUCAUGCUGUCAUUCUAGAGCCCCCCCACUCCCACUCAUCCUUCCCCUUCCCCUUCCCCAGAGGCUACAGCAUCUGUCCCACCCCCCUCCUGCCCCCCCACCCAAACCACAUCCAGCGAGUCCGUUCACUGCAGGACUGACCCUGUUUGUUUUGUGGCGGCUGCUCGAGGAGAGGGACGCUGGUCGUACGACGCUGAUGAGCGGCGAUGCAGAACUCUGGAGUCAUUGUGAAGACAAACAGCCCGAGCCCCACUUGCCUGUUCUUGCUGUCUGCUUUAGUCUGCCACACGGCUGGUCCGCCUCUUAAAGGCACAGGCGCCGCUGUUGUGCAGGGAAGGGGACAGUAAAAUGGCUCUUUAGAAUACCAGAAAAACACUGCACGGGUCUGCUGCGUGGCCGAGGCAGCUGUGUUUGCGAGGGGGGUUGAGGUGAGGACCUGUUUGUGUGCAGCGGAUUCACACAUAUUGUCUCCCACAGUGCCUCCCACCCCUCCUCUGCUUCAUGCCACAUUGAUAAUGAUGUUUUUGUUUUCUAUAUAUAGCCAUUUGCAGUAGAGGGUAUUCACUGAGUGUCUAAUGACUGGUCUAGCAGGUGAUGCAUAGCAGUCUUGCCAACAGGUUUAUCACCUCAGGGUCAUUAUUGCAUUUGUGUAGGUUUUUUUUGCGAGGGCGCUGUCACUAAAUAAUUUCUUUUCCCUGCAUAAUCCCGCUGCAGAGGAAUGUUAUCGCUAUACAGCUUUGGAUCAGUGCAAAAAAAGGGGGGAAACAGUGGGAGCAUGAGAGGAGACUGGUGGAGGAGGAAGGAAGGAGGAGGCGGCAAGUGGUGCAUAAGGGAGGAGAUGUAACUCUGCUGGGGGGCCUCUCACCUGGUGACUGAAUGAAAUCAUCUCCAUCUCCGCACAGACGGCUGCACAAACCUAUUUCUGUGGUUUGUGUAGCUUUUUGUGUGGGAGUAUGGAAAGCGAAUCACAUGUACGGCUGGCUCCGUCACUCUGUCUGAGCUGAAAAGCAUCAGUGUGAUGAGCCGAACAGAGAGCGUCCUGUCUGUUGUCAUACGUGUCUCGGAGGUGUCAGUCCUCCUGGAUCCUGACUCAGGAGCUCCCAUGCUGUGCCUUGAAAGCUCGCCUUUGUUCUCCAUAGUAUCACAUCAGGGGCCUUAUGUUUGUUGGUGUCAGUGUUCUAAUAAUAGGCUGGAAAAUCUAGCGGCUGCAGAGAGAGCGCCGCGCGUCCAGGAAAGGAAAGAGACGCCUUCCUGUUUUAAUGUGUCGACACUACAACGGCGUGUUUCUUGCAAAUCCCGAGCUUUGUCUCCUACAAUGAUAGGAGGUCCUUGUGCUUGGAGAUGUGAUGUCAUUCCAGUGUUGACACGGGGCUGUUGCUGAGGUGGGGUUGUUGCCACUGAGCGAUGCUGCACAAGCGUACAGCUCAGACUGUAGUGGCGGCUGUGUUGCUGAUCGGGGGGAUCUCUCGGCGAGGCGGGGGCAAUGGCGCUCUGAUGCUGUGGGCGCUGCUGCUCAAUGUGGGUCAGGAGAAACAGCGCUCCGUCUUCUCCCCUUUCCCUCUCCUGCUUCACCCGUUCCUAAUCUUCUUUCUCCCCUCGCUCUCCUGCUUCCACAUAGUUCUGUCUGUCAUCUCGCAUCGCCUUUCUCCCUCUGCCUCCCCCUCACACUUCCUCUCUAUCUUGUUUCUGUUUCUCUCUCCAUCUCCUCCUUUGUUACAUCUGGUGGAUCUACCAGGCUUAGAUAAAUUGCACAGAGGCUGUUCGCUGCUUUUGGAUGCAGUGACCUUGUCAUAGCUAUUGUUGGAGGUAGAUGUGUCUUAAUAGAAAAUGACCAAGGUCGCCUCCUCUGUGUGUGUGUUUUUUUCCCCCCUCCUCUGUCUUUAUGUAAUAUGUCUGUGGUUGUCUGCUGUAGUGAAUCUCUGGUGUGAUAGGAAAAUUGUCAAAUAGUGCGACUCCUCUGAAUGGAAUCUAGCGGGGGGAGAGGAAUGAAUAGAUGGAUGUCUAUGCGUGUGUCAUAUAGUCCAUUUUAGCGGUGCCUCUGGCUAAUGAACAACUCGGAGUCCUGUGCAUUGACCCACAGAUAAGCCUGCAAGAGAGAAAAGUCACAGUGAAAAGGAAACUGUGAAAAAAAAAUUAGUUAACAGGAAGCAAAGAGCCGCGUGUUAAUGCUAUAGAAUUAAUGGAAACACUGAACAUUGCUUGUGUUCCCUUGUGCAUGAAUUACAUAGACAUGCAGCAUACAACAGAAGUAAAUACACCCCCGUGCACUAUCACUCUAAUACUGCAUUGUUUCUAAGUUGACAAGUAGUGUAUUUCCUCUUAUGAACAAUCAAACAAUUCUUUAGAAAGACCACAUCAAAAAUACAGGCCCAAGAGUAGAAACUCAGUGCACCAGAACUAAAUACACCUCUGAUCACUGAAAUGAAUCUGAGUAAACAUGGGUUUUCCAGUCAGUCAAAUUGCAUGUACAUGACUAUAAAAUGAAAUGUGUACACCAGAACUUUCUCAGUUUUGGACCUAUGGGCUGCAGCUAUUUGCAUGUCUACAUCAUGUCUUUCACAUGCAAAAUUAUUGUCAGAAGAAGUGAAAAAUCUGACACAAAAAUGGAAAAAGAUACAGGAAGAUCAACUAAAAAUCGGUGGAAACACAGUUGCAGCAGUAAUGAGGAAAUAUAGAAGGAGUCAUAGUACCACUAAUCAGAAGUGCAGUGGUCAUUCUCCUCAAAUGACACCACAGCGAGUGAUCUACUUGCACAAUUUAGCUGUGAAAACAGACAGGCAAAUGCUUUAGGCUUGGCACAGGGGUUAUCAGUUAAAAUCUGAGUAUCUAUGACAGUGUGAAGGACAUUGCAGAAUGCCAAUGUUUUUGGACCGCUUCCAAGAGAAGCACUCUUGCUUGUUGUUUGGUACAAAACUGCAAGACAAAACUAUACUAAAGAACAUUAAAAGAAACAAGAUGAAUGUUGGGAGCAGAUUCUUUGGUCAGAUGAGACCAAGUUAAAUUAGUUGGGUGCAGAUGGAGUCUGGCAUAUUUGGUGUGGACUACCACAGUGAAUGCAUAGUCCUGACAGUAAAGCAUGGAGGUGGGAGUGCGAUGAUAUGGAGCUGCAUGUGUGCAAAAAUUGUUAGGGAGAUGACAUCUACAGAUGCACCAUUAAUGUCUGUGGAUAAACCAAAGUACUGGCUGACAAGAUGACAGAAGUUUGGCAGAAGAGGAAUAUUCCAUCAAGCAACCAUCCAAAGCACACUGCUACAAUCACACACGAGAAGGAAAAAGUAAAAACUAUGACCUGACCAAGUGCGCGGCAUGAGCUGAAUCCAAUACAACACCUUUGGAAUAUGUUAAAGAGAAAGGCAGAGCAGCAGAACCCCAUCCAACAAAGAACAGCUACAGCAUGAUUCCUGUCAACAUCGUGGAAGAGGUACAUCGAUCAGAGAUGAUUCCUCAUGAAGUCUAUGGAGCUCAUUUGUUGAGCUGGAGUCACUCCAUCUACUCUGGUGUGAGACCUGGAGCCGUCCACCAGUGAACACAAAGAACAUCAGAGCCGCAAAGCACAAAGAAAGGCUGGAAAAAACCACUGGUGAGAUAGUAGCCUCAGAGGAACCUAGAAGUCGUACCGGGGGAUAUUAAUACCACAGUGGCACAAUGAAAGCCAACCAAGAGCGGAGUAAUGGAUGCCUGCCUCCUAAGAAGCGGGAGAUCUUGGCCCUGGAGCAGAGGCCGGUGGUUGUAGCUACAGCAACACCUCCAGCUGCAGUGGCUGCUGAUAGUCCACAUACAGAAAACCUAGCUUGGCUGGCCAGUGUAGCCAGUGAACGUUGCAAGUCCAGAGAGGUAGAAAGUCCGAGAUGUCAUGUCUCCUCUACAUCCUCCUCGUCCUCACCUUCCACUUCUAUCCCCUCCUCUGCCACCCCUCUGUCUGCAGUGCCCUUGGCGUCUCUACCUGCAGCCUACCCCACAGCUCUUCCCCAGCAAGCUGGGACGAUCCAAUUUGCUCAACUGGGACCCAAUGUUCAGUUCAUCAGCUCUGGGCCCUACGCCGGCUACAUCUCCUCUCACAUCAUCUCAACGAAUGCUAAUUCUGCGCCCAACAGCUCUGCCAUAGUCGGACAGCGUUCCCAGCUGGACGGUUACACCACUGCCCUCAUCUCCCCCAACACCAAGGGGGAGCAGCAGUUCCAAAUAGGCCUCUCCCCGACAGAGCUGACUCCCGCUUCGCUGCCGAGCUCUCCUCAAGUCACCAGCCAGUACAUCCAUCUGGACAGCAGAACACCUCUGACUGUCAGCGGAAACGCCGUCCCCUCACCCGCGGCCCACCUCCAGCUCCACCCUCACACCGCCGUCCUUCCCCAGACGCUCACCUUCGCUCCCUCACAGCUUGUGGUUCAGUAUGCAGAUGGUUCCGCUGGAAAGAAACCAGAGGGGCAUGCCAAGGGUGUGCUGAACGGGGAACUGGAGGUGGUCAAACAUGCAAAAGCCUCCAGUCAGCCAGCAAACCAUCAGCAGGUCCAGAGCUACGAGGCCAGACACAUCCUGCUUCCUGCCGACUACGCCCAAAACCCUGCAGGACUCCAGACCUCCCUGGUGCUUGUGGCUCAGCCUAACCAUGGAGCUGAACAUGAACCUGGCUCAAAUAAGAUCUCUUUAGUCCAGACUGAAAAAGGAGGCAUUUGUUUGGGGAAACCAGUGUCCAGAUCUUCCUCUUUCACUUCCCUCUCUUCCUCCGAGGUGGUAAAAUCUGUUGCUCCCCAUACCGUCAUCCAGACCACCAUCCCCCCUGAGGAGCUGCCAGCCAACCUCUACUCGUCCACACAGCCGCCCAUCAUCGGCUACAUCACCAGUGCAAACCAGCAUGCUGUUAGCUACCACGCGGCGCUACCACAGCACCUGGUCAUCCCAAGCGGCCAGUCCCUCCUCAUCCCAGUCAGCAGUGCCAACAACGGAACAGAAAUGGAGGUUAGUCGCACUGUCAGCGCCCUGACCGCUACCACUACUCCUCAAAUAUCCACCGCCAUGCCGCACGCCUAUCUGGCCACGGCCCUGUCCAAGUGUGAUGCGCUUGGGCCAGAUGGAAACCAACCACCACCUGCUGUUGCACAGGCCCCGGCAUUGCCAGAGCUGCCCUCAAACCCUGUUCCUGCAGUAGUGGCAGCUCCUUCCCCAACUCCCACCAGUGUUCCUACUCCUGCCCCUGCCGCCAUCCAAGCCUCGCCCUCCAUUUCCUCUCCCUCUUCCCCCGUGGCGCUUCCUCCGUUCUUCAUGCGAGGCUCCAUCAUCCAGCUGGCCGAUGGGGAGCUGAAGCGCGUGGAGGACCUCAAGACAGAAGACUUCAUCCAGAGCGCUGAGAUCAGCAGCGAGCUGAAGAUCGACUCCAGCACCGUGGAGCGAAUCGACAGUGGACAAAGUCCUAAUGCUGUGGUCAUUCAGUUUUCUGUGGGAGAGCUCAAAGCCCAGGUGUGUGUGGAAGUGCUGGUGGAAUAUCCUUUCUUCGUUUUCGGCCAAGGCUGGUCGUCAUGUUGCCCCGACCGGACCACGCAGCUGUUCGAACUCUCCUGUGCUAAGCUCUGCGUGGGCGACGUCUGCGUGUCGCUGACCCUCCGCGGUUUGAGGAACGGAUCUCUAACAGACAGCCAGGUUCUGGGGACGAAGCUGAAGACCGGCCACCUCUCCGACUCCUGCCACAGCGUGGACCCCAACGUAAGGACCAGUGUGAGUCCGAGCGCUGCAGGCAGUAACGGCGGCCUCCUCAUGAAGUCGUCCAGCACCGACCGGCUGGAGAGGCAGCACGUUGCCGGACCAGGAGGGGAACUACCGGCGGGAUUAGUUCAGGGACAGGCGGAGGGGAUCUACAGAGCCAGACCAGGAGAAGUAAGACAGGAAUCAGUGAAAACAGACACCCGCUCGCAACUGCAAUGUGGCGAUCCAGAGAGACCCACAGUCCGCAAGAGACGCUGGUCAGCUCCAGAGCGAGACCAGACGGAGAGAGCCGAGGACGAGCCUCCCCUGACUCUGCCCAAACCCUCCUUCAUCCCUCAGGAGGUCAAAAUCAGCAUAGAGGGCCACUCUAGUACUGGGAGCGACAGAUGCUUGAACAAAAGAGUAGACUGCUGAGGGAAGUCUGAGGAAUUUUAAAUACCUGUGGUUUGCUUUGUGUUUUACCCCCUCCCCUCCUCUUGUCUUUUCUCUCUAUCCAGAACCACUGUAAUAUAGACUGAGUUUACGCAGUAUUUACAUGUUUUCUUUCACACGAUAUCUAAGAUGAAGUACAGUAGAGCACCUUCAUGAGUGGUAUCACACACAAGAUCAGUGCAAUCAAUGCUGAAAGCAAAAACGAAUGCAACGUGAAUGUGGAGCGUGAAUGGCAGUCCGACACCUGAGAGAUGUGCGUGUUACAUAUCAUGAGCAGGAUCUCUGUUGUUCAACCUGUUGGAUGCAGACCGUUUAACCGUUUCUCUGAUUACAUGAACAAGCACAGACCCCGAUGUCAGUGUGUAGACUAUAUUCAGAGUCUUUGUUUCACCGUUUAUUCUGUUUGGAGAGACAUGAGCGGCGGCAAGACGUCAGAUCUUUGGUGUUUUAAUGGCACUAAAUCAUCCCGGCUGUGAUCUCUGCUGUCUUGUGCACCUUAAUGAAGCUAUUUGUUUAAUAAUAUCACAUUCAUUUCCAUUUUCAUACCAUUACAAAUGCUACUGCAGGUGGCCUUGUCCCUCUGUGUCACUGUGUGUUUGUGUGUUUUUCUGUGUGUGCUGUCAAACAGAUCACAGGAUUCAGGUGUGUGUGUGUGUGUGUAUGAUGCUGGUAAACCUGCAAAUCAGAACCGAAAAGGCCUGAAUGUAAACCACUCGAUUUGUCCUCAGAGAGUUCGAUCCCAGUGCUUUUGCAGUGUAUCAGUGACAGCAGUUGCAUUCCUCUGGUGAAGUUGUCUUAGCUGGAUUCAUUGACCUUCAGCUGUAGUCUCGUAUUUCCUUUCAGCAGCUGCAUAUUUCACCAGCUUACAUACAUCUUUCUUUAGCUGUGGCUUCAAUGUGCAGCUUUUCAAACGGUGAACAAUCAAGGUAUUUCUAUCCAAUACUGCUGAAUGCAUUUUCAGCCCUUUCGUUACAAUAUAUAACACUUAACAGAAAGCUUGAUAUGGCAAACUUGUUAGCAAUCAAUUGUGCAACAACAGAUGCUAGAUAAUUUUAAAAAUGCUGUCUGAUCCAACAUCUUAUCACAUGCAGGGGCCUGUACUACAAAGGAAGCUCAGCAUAUCUAGGAUAUCUUUCAUUAUCUGGCUUCACUAAACCGAACAAGAACAUUAAACAAUCACACUAGGCUUGUUAAGUCAGCCCAGGGCUCUUGAAUCGAGUUCUCAUAGUAAAGAUGGUGUUGCCAUCAAAUGACCAAACAUGGACAAAUCUAGAGUCACAUUUUUCCUAAACGAAGAAUAGAUGAUAAUCCUAAACCGAUAUGAGGAAUUUAAAAAUAUAAUACAUCCUCAAAGCAACACAUCUGCUGUUAGGAAGGUAGCUGCCAAAUAUCACCACCCCGUCAUUAAGGCAUGACUAUUUUUGACUGUAACUGGGCUUCAAUUGUGUAUUCAAAUAAAUGUGUUGCUUAGAUUUAGCCUAUUCCUAUGGCAUAUAAGAACAUUUUAGUCUUAUUCUUGGGGUCUUGGGGUCAAGGGAAUUUGAACCAGUUUGUAGGCUUUCUGCAGCAAGUACAAGACUUUUGCACUGUCAGUGCCUGUUUUAGGAUUAUAUCAUUAUACGAAGGACUGUAUAACAAUGAAAUUGAUUUGAAAUUUCUAGCAGUUAACAGGAAUAAAAUAAAGCAAUUAAGACUGGAAUACAUAUCACAAACAGAUGCUCAUCUGGGAAAGAGAAAACAUUCAGAUGGUCUCUUAAAACUCUUAUCUUCUUAAGAGACCUUCGAGCUAUUCAUGCACCAAGCUCCACAAGGUCUUCUAGGAAUUGCAACACCACUUUCCACGAAACUUUGAGAGAGAUUUGAUCCGCUAUCAUUAUCGUUACAAAACCUGCUCCAGUGAAGGCUCACUGUGCAGAUUGAGUUACAAUGGAAGUGAGCCACCAUCGUAACCUCAAAAACCCGCGAUUAAACCAGAAGUUACCUCGCUAACCUUAAAUCCUGCUUCGUAGUACAGCCCUCUGCUUUGCUGUAUGACCCAACCUUAACCACAAAUCACUGCAGAGCAUCAAUCUAGCAUCAGCCAUGUGCAAUCACUCAUCCAGCCGACACAGAGCAACUUCAUUUGGAGAGGUGCUUCAGGCGACCUGUCGUUCUUUCUAGAUUUAUUGUUGUAUAAUCCAGCUCCUGAGAAAUGCAUGCGACUCUCGCUGAAUUCUGCAUCACCAGCUAGUUGCUAAUUGGCUUGUUUGGUGCUUGGUACUGUACAAAUAGUCGACGUCUUAGUGAAAACAGCUGCCUUGUAUAAAUGACGCAGCCCGUAAAACCACAUUAAUAAGUUGAAGGAUGUUAGAAAGCUUCGUUGAGCUGCAGUCGGGUAAUAAUUCUCUUUUUUGUUCGGUAUGAGCGACCCCUCUCAUUGUAGUCUACCUUGCUUUCAUUCUAGAAACUAUGGCCUUAGAUAUAUAUACAGUGUAGUUCACAGCAGCACUUGGUUUUUUAGGGUUUUACCAUUAAAACCUCAGUGACGGUAUGCCUUCCUCAAGUCCAUACCUGUUAAAUCCGCUGUUUUUUGAUAUAAAACGGCAAACUCUGAUAGAUUACAUGCCAUUUUCUUUCUUAGAGUAAAGAAAUAUCCUCUAGUUCAUACUCAGGAAAAAUGUGUGUCUGUUUGUGUGCAUGUGCGUGUGUGUGUGGAUCACUUGUAUGUGUGCGUUUUAAAACAGCAGCACUUUUACGAAACAUCCAACCGGAGCGUGGUGGUGGUGGUGGUGGUGGUGGUGGUGGUGGUGGUGUCCCUCUUCCUCAGAUAGUUAGAUAGAGACUGUUUCUCAUCACAUCACAGGUUUAUCACUGAGAGGGAACAUUAUAAACCGGGGCAGGGAAUGUAAAACACACAUCGGCCAAGCUAUCUCAAGUUUAUUUUUGAUGAUUUAUAGAGCUACUAUUCAGAGAAAGAAAAACAAGGAGAGUCGCAACUAAGCCAGCUAGUGUCGAUCAUGUACAGUAAAUCCCUAGAAAGUGUACAGUGUGUAUUUCUAACCCUCAUGUAGCCUAUGUACUGUAUGUGCCACAGCGCCUGCUUCUUCAAUCAUUCCAUUAACUCACAGAUACUGAGUGGUCCUGCUAUUGUUUGUUUUUUGUCGUUUCUUGAAUGUUGCUGUAACUCUUAUGGGAACAUCUACACAACCGGGCCUCCUCAGAAUCCAUUCGACUUGCACACUACAAGUAUGUGUGACUACGGACUGCAGUUUGCAUCAUAAUAGCCAUUGUUAAAAAAAACAAAACAAAAAAAAAACAGUGAUCAGACUGUUCUGUUUGUGUUUGAAUGCUCAGGCUAAACACUGCCCAGUGACUGUUCUCCUCCAGAAACGAUGUGGUCUUAAAUCCCUCACUGUUACACAGAGCAGAGCUACUGUUUGAUCAGUUUGUCUUUGUAGCUGUUUUCUUCUCUGUUAGCCUGGCCCGUGUUUGUACUUUCCUAAAAAAAAAAAUAAUUAUUUUUCGACCUGAAGUGACACCAUGGCACAGACAAAUCUAUGAAACGUGGAGCUGAUGUUUAAUCGAGAAAGUCGGCUACGUUUUUCAUAUUGUCAACAAAUCCCGCCCUCCUAAAACCACAAAUCUUUAAAACUAAAAUAUGUAGUUUCAUUGUUUUUUCAAAUUAUUUUCUGGCAAACUUAAUGUCAUUUGCACCCAUGUGGUAUGAGCAUUUACCACUGAGUUAUUCUAUUUUUUUAAUAGCCUGGCACUGCAUAUUUUAUAUAACUCAUUAGGGACUAUUUUCAGCUGUAGAUUGAUACAGUUAAGCCAAAAAUGAUUCAUAACUGUACCAGGUUUCUUCUGACUGGAAAUGGCAUAAACAAGUGACAAAAGACAGAAACAGUGUGUUAGAGACAUUUAUGAAAAAUUUGAAUUGUUUCUUGAUUUUUUGUUGUUUUGUUUUUACAUUUCUUACUAAAAAUACCAUGUCCAAAAUUAUUCAUACCCUCAAAUGCAAUUGUUUUACUAUCUUUUGUCACUUGUUUAUGCAAUUUUCAGAAGGAGCCUAUUGGUUAAGCUAAAAUAUCAAAAUUAAGUAUGAGAAAGAAUCAUUUUGGCUUAUCUGUACAUUUGGUGCUCUAGUGAGAAUCUAUGGCAACAGAUUACAGCAUGUGGACCUAACCAAAAAUAAGCUCCAGUGCUGAUAUUCAGCACAUGCCAUACUCUAGUAAAGUGUGGCACCUUUAUACAUUUUUAAUAUGUUUCAAUAAAUAUGGGCGGCACACAGUAAUAAAGGCCACACAGAGAAUACUUGGUAAUAAUUCCUUGUUGGUUUUGGCUGUUCCGCGGGAUUUGUUGACAAUAGGAGAAAUAUAUUGCCAAGCUCGUCCUUAAAAGCCCUGCAGGCCCACAUAGUUAUUCCUGCUAGUUAGACCUCUGCUCAGCCGUGCAUGCUGUGAAUUAAAUGGCGAGCCGGUGUACGCACGAGAAUAAUAAUAAGUGGACAUUAUCCCACCGCAGCAAGUACACAGUUUGCACAGUCUUGAAAAGAGGUCUAAUCAGGACAAACUAGAGGAAAACACCUGUAAGGUUUUACCACAGGUACCACAUAUGUAGGGCUUUAGGUUCGACAUUGUUGGAAAGGUUUGCUAUUAAUAAUAGAUCUUGUUUUCUAAUAAAUGUAUUCAAGCUGGGCCCCUUAAAAUAUGUAAUUUUCACAGCCUUUCUGUACAAUGUUGAAUAUGGCAUAUAAGUGCCGCAUUGUGGUGAUCUAUGGAAUUGCACUUUGACAUGUGUGUGUGUAUGUGUGUAUGUAUGUAUGUAUGGGGGGUGUUAGUGUAACUAAUACACAAAAGUAAUGUACAGCAUGUCUGAGAGGAAUUGUACGCUACCUGUACAACGUCUCAGCGAUUUGUAAAUAGCCAAAGUCUUCCAUUAUAAUGUUGGUAUGACCUUGUGGAGAGGAUAAACACUGAUCCCCAUGUACAGACCUUUGAAGUGAUGUUUAAUUUCAAAAAUACAUCAUUGUUUAUUUGACAGAAACACAAGAUAUUGCUUCACCUAAGAUAUUUUCUUUUGCACCAGCUCAAAAACCCAGGAAACUAUGGGAGUCAAAGACUUUAAAAAAAAACAUAUUUUGUAAUUUGGGUCUGUUUGGAUAAAUCUCAGCUAAGACACACUAUGUCCUAUGCGUACAGUAUGUAGUAAGUAUCAAUAAUGUUCCUUUAUUUUGAUGGUGUUGAGAUUUGGUAGUCAGAAACUGUUAAAUCUUUACUCCAAAUGUUUGAUUUUACAUUUGAUCAAAUAUAUUCAAAGAAAUAAAGAGUCUAAAGAAAAAAAAA